UCUUUGGAAUCGAAUAUUAAGAACAUGGUUUUAAACUGUUGUCACGGAUGCGGCUUAGGGUGUUGCGAUUGAGGUUAUUGCGGUUGCUGUGAUGCGUUUUGCAAUUGUUGCGGCAUGAAUUUUGAUUGAGAAGAGGUUGAAAUACACCAUUGAUAACGUUUAGAUUUUUCAGAAGUAAAAUGAGUUUUGGGCUCUAAAGUUUGAGUUUUAACGAAAUACUUGAAGAAAUGUGGGUAAAGUUGUCUGGUGCGUUUUCUAACGCGAAAGGAGGUGUGAUUUCAAAUUACACCGCAAUUGCAGUUCAAUUCGGUUGGAGAGACCAUUGCAUCAGUAAUAUGACGGCUGCCAUUGUGGUUGCGGAUCGAAAUUUAGAAACAUGAUUAAGAAGAAAUUUUGCGAACAGAUGCGAUUGUGUAGCCUAUCACAGCAGCGAUAUUGCGGCCAUCAUUGCGGUUGCGGGCCACGAUUUAAAACCAUUAAAACCAUGAAUAAGAACAAACUUUUCUUUCAGUGCUGCUUUAUCACUAAGGUGGGUGUUAUCCAUAACUAAUAUGGUAUUAACAUAAAACUUCCUCAAGGAAACCAAAAUUAAAGCACUGUUUGUGUAACUUGUCACAAACAUUCAAGCAUCUUUUGCCUUAUAAAGAGAAGACUCAGGUUGUGAAGAAAACCAAAACAUGAUAACAUAUACGUUGGAUGAACCAAACCAGAGAACAUCAAUUAUCAAUAGUAACAUACAAAUGAAAAGGAAUAUCCUUUUCUUGUUGUGGCUUCAAUCCAAAGCCAUCCCUUUCACCCUUUUUCUCCUUCCUCAAAACUCACAUAUAAAAUACUUUCUCCAAGUUCUUCUUCAUUCUUCUUGAACAAUAAACUCCAACUUCCGUAUCAACUUUUCAUUUCCUCCAUAACAUGUCUCUCACGGGCCGGCCUCGUGUUAUCGUCAACGGUGUUCGAAGAAUGAGAACCUUUCAUUAUUUCUGGUGUCUCAACUGCCAACGUACUGUCAGAAUUCCAUCAACAAAUACUAUUACAGAUUAUGGCUCUUUCUGUCCAUAUUGCUUCCAUCAAUUGCGGUAUGAACUUGAUAUAUCAAGGCCAAGACUUCUCAUGAAUGAUCCUAAUAACAUGGACCCUCCUCCUACUACUAAUCAGUUAAUGGGUAGCUUAGCUUUCGUUCUUGAUCCAUCUUUUAGAAGACAAAACCAAAACAACACAACACUACAAUGGGAAACAGAACAUGAACAUGAUCAAAAUCAAAAUCGAAAUCCACAAACAUGGAUUACACUCCGAUUUGUAAGACCGACUCGUCCACCGAGGCCUAUUGCUCCCCCGCCACCACCACCACCACCACAAAACUUGGUUCCUCGACUCAAUGACAAUAACACCCAUUCAUUAGAUGAGUUAUUUGAUGGGAUGAUUCACAACAACCUCAGACCGGGACCGCCUCCCACGUCACCUUCCGCCAUUGAAGCCUUACCAAUGGUGAAAGUGACAGAAGCUCAUUUGGCAAGUGAUCCGAAUUGUCCAAUAUGUAAAGAUGAGUUUGAAGUUGAUUUGGAAGUGAAAGAGUUACCAUGCAAACAUUUCUACCAUUCUGACUGCAUUCUCCCGUGGCUUCGCAUGCACAACACUUGCCCCGUAUGCCGCCACGAGCUACAAGGGAUUGAUAAUAGUAACAAUGCUAAUUACUACUCUUUUCACAAUGAGAAUGAGUACGACGGAUUCAUUGGGUUUGAGGAACUUACAAGCAGUUUUAUUUGGAUUUGGAGCCAAAUUGCUUCGAUUAGGCCUAUUCGUGCAGUCCUAGAUUGGACGCGAUCCCAUUUCAGUAACCAUGCCCGUGCUCGUAGUAAUGGUAGCGCUUGGUGGCGAGCAUUGCUCAUUUCGUAGUUUCGUCUAUGAGAUCUCACACUGAAGCCUGGUUUAUAAAUUAUUAUGCCAAAAUCAUUUCAUUGUUUAUGGUAAUUCCGUUGUUUCACUAUUGUGUGAUGCUCAUAAACAAUGUUGCACUAACUUAAUCUUUCAACAGUCUGGCUUUUGGCCAUUGUAAGGUGCAAAUUAUAGUUCCACUAAAACAUAGUGGAUAAUACUGAGGUGUAUAUAUAGCAUAUGUGCAUGUCACACGCAAAAAGUUACACUCUGCAUAAAUAUUUUAGAAGAUUGUUUUCUAUAUUGUUAUUAAGACA